UUUAAAUUUGAUUAAAUAGCACAUUUUCUUUCAACUAAUGGCAAAUAUCUGUAAAAUGAUUCGAUUUUCUGCAGAUUGUGGGGUCAGUGUGCCUUGCUUUCCUCUAGCCCUGUGGUAGACCGGUGGCCUAAUGUAUGUGUUGUUGAACACUGAGCCAGUUAUGCUGUGAUAUUGUCAUUGGACUGGAAUCAUGUGAUGAUUUAAGAAGCAGAGUUUGAAGUUAUUUUGAAAAGAUUGUGGAGAAUACUGGGAAGAAGGGCAUUUGGUGUUUUAAUGAUGGUGGUGGAUGGUUUAAUUGCUUUAGCUCUGAUGAUUGUGAACGCCACAGCAUGCGAUCCGCAUCAUUUUCAUCAAACCUUUCUAUGACCCAUUAUGCUCCAUGCAUGGGGGCAUUGCCAUCCUGGAAGAGACCACUUCCAUCAGAGCAACUGUGGGGACAAGUGAACCCAAACCAAGGCAGAAAAUGAUAUUAUCACUGGAUUGUGUAACCAUUUGUUGGUUUUUGAUCCAUUACUUUGUAAAGGCUUUUGAAUCACAAUACCACACAGUACGUUUUUUCAGCCACUAGAGGGAGGAAUAAACACUUUUUCACAUAAUACUUCACUGCAAGCAGCACUCCAACCAAGAGGCUCUAUCAAUUCUUGUCUCACUCAUAUAGUGUCGUGUUUGUAUUACUAUUACCAUUUGCAGUCAGCGUAGAAAGUCUUAAUGUCUUACAGCCCUCACUGUGGACAUUUUGUCAAUAGAACUGCUUUUGGUUCACUGCUUUAUCCACAAAGAUAUUCUCCACAAGUAAUAUCACUGUUGGGUCUCAGCUUUAGUAUUUGUUUUAGUCAGAUUAAGUAGUAUUUUCUAAUAUAAAUUAUUCAAGUAAAACCAUGCCAUAGACAACACAAUGGGGUCUUAACACUAACAUUUCACAGCAAUCAUAAUCUUAUCUUACUAGAAAGCACUUAGGGGCAAUGGCUUUUGUUUUAAAUAUGUUGUAUAAAAACAAGUGGCUUGCCUUGAUUUGACUUUUCUGUUACUCACUUAAUAAGGACAGUGUUAUUAAAAUGACUGAUAAUAACAGCAGUGAUAGAUAUAAAUCCAUCUUGAACACACACAUUUGAUGAAAAUCCUUUUCUUGCCCCAUACAAGAGGAUUUACAGACCUGGAUGUGUAGAUUGUAAAAAUAUGAGAUCAAUGAAACACUGAGUUGUACCAUUCUUUCCAAGUCAAUCUGUCUGAAUGCAAACACCUUGAACGGGUAACACAUGCUUCUGGCAGCUUCUUUAACACUGUAAUAACAGAGAAACAUUGUGUUUCAUUUACAUAUCUAAAAAAACCCGAAUAUUCAAUUAACUGAAUUUAUAUAAUCAGAACUGGGAAAAUUAAAGAGAGUUCAUGGAACUGUUAGACUGAAAACUUAGCUGAAAUAAGACCGAGGGAGAUUCCUUAUACUAAGACUGUACAAAAUACUUUAAAUAUCACCGCUGUUUGUCUACUUUCUUGUUCACACCCUGAAAUUUAAACUCAUAUUUUCAAGGGUUGGUGUCUGCUAAUACAUGUUGUGCUUUACCUAAAAAGAAAAUAACAUAAUAAGGGCAAUUAGAUAAUCAACUGAUUAGAAAUAUUGGGCACCCUGCUCAGACAGCAGACAUGCAACUCUGGACUGAAAAGUUGCCAAAUGUGAUUUAGAAUGAAAUGGUAUUUGAGUUGUGAUCACGGAUCAAAGAUUUUUAUUGCACAUGCUACAAGGCCUCUCUUGAUGCUGCUUUCCUUUUGAAAAUUAAAAGCAUUGAAGUGAGGACUACAAGUUGUGAUGGCGGCUUUAAAGUGAAAGUAAAAAUGUAUCUACGUCUUCAGAUGAUGAUAAAAGUCAAGAGCCAGUCAUUAGAAUGAGUUGCUGUGUUUUCUUAUCAGCUGUUUGUGCGCUUGUUGUCCAGGGGAAUUAAAACCACUGAGGUCGACCUCCUGUCUCAGCCUGACUGUGCCUCCUACAUAAACCAGAAGAGAGGUGAAGCCCCUCAGCUGCUCUGCUGCCAGAUCUCUGCUGUGUGAUGAAGACCUGAUCCCUCUGUUUCGCCACCCUCGCUCACGUUUUCUCUGCACCGAUGAGUAACAGAAGCCACGUGUGGUCUCCCGUGCUGCCCCUCACCAGCUUUGGCAACGUGCUGAUGUUUCUCUUCAGCAUUUUCUUGGCCGCAGCCAUCAUUUUCCUCAACGUGUCCACGUCUCUCUCCAUCCUGCUCAACCGGGCUCUGCGCCAAGAGAACCGCUUCAUGUACAUGCUGAGCACCUGCUUCAGCGACAUCUGCACCGGCGUGUCUUACUACUAUGUGGGGGUUCUGGAUGUGAGGGACAACUUUAACUCCCCCACCAGAACCUAUUUCGUGGUGCCCACAUUUCUAGGGGUGUCUUUCAUGGCCAUCCUGGCUGCUCAGGCCGACAGGUACCACGCAAUAGUGUCGCCCUUUAAAUACUCGCAGCGCAUGACCCGAAACAAGACCCUAAUGGUCAUCUUUGCGUACUGGUUUUAUGCGUUUUUCAUCGUGGCUGUCCACAACCUGGUUGCAGUCGGUAUUGCCAAAAGUAUCACGAGCAUUGGUUCGUUUAUUGGGAACAUAAUGAUGGUGAUUAUAAUGAUAGGGCUGAAUAUCAAACUGUUCAUUAUAGCCAAGUUCCAGCUGGAGAGGGAGCAGCCCUCUGAGGAGACAGACAACAAGCGCUCGUCGGUGUAUCUCAUCCUGGUGGUGGUUGUGUUUUUCCUGGGAACGUGGCUUCCCAUAUUCUGUCAUGUCACUGCUUGUAAUUUCAUUGGCGCAGUUUGUUACACAUUUAAGAAUGAAGGCACUGACCCCCUUCGCAUUUUGCCCCGGGUUAACGCCGCCCUGACCCCCCUCUUGUACAUCCGAGGUUGCGCUGCGCUCAGAGCAACGCUGCUCAGCAAAGUGUGGAGACCCUGUUGUAGGAGGAGAGUUCGUGCUCAACAACUUGGCCACACCAAACAGCCGCUCCCCGGAGCGUAAUUUCAAACUUGGAUCCUUUCUAAGCGGAUAAAUGUCAAGAGUCAGUGCCCUUUUAAACUCAUGCCAACAUAACAUCAUGGAUGAACGUCAACUGUCAAACGCUGAGGACAAGUUGAGACUCUGGGUUUCUUGGAAGAUGCUGGAACUGUUUCAUGAGCACAUCUAACGUCUGUUCUUACAUCUUGUUCUUUUAUUAUUAUUUUAUUGCUCACAUGCUUUUACGUGAUGUUAUUUUGCACAGAACUGAUGCAAAUCACAGAUUGACUGUUAACGUGUGAUCUGAAUGGAGCUGUUAUUUUUUAAUACUUGGAGCCAAAUAUAGUUAAUAAAAAUAUAAAGCCGUCCAUAA